UCCCGGAAGUUAUCUUAAAUGCAGUUGUGUUGACAGCGUGUUCGACUGUGCCUGCUCCUUUUUCAGUUUCAUUGUGCUUAACGGUGCACACAAUGACCUCUGUUUUAAUAGAUGUUCUUUUAUUAAACUGCCGGGACUUUGGGGCUGUUUUAGACUCACUCUGCUGGGGAAGCGAUUCCUGGCCUCAGACGCAGACGGUAGAAGCUCUAAGUUGUUUUAUCAGAAACAUUGCUAGUGUGUUGGACCGCACGCCAGCUGGUGAUGGGGCUUCCAGUAAUCCACCAAACAAGAGGCAGAUUCUCGAUAAGGUAGAAAAUGUAGUGUGGGAUCAUUGUUUCCCGCUAUUGUUUAAAUUUUCCCGUGAAAAAGAAUUGAGCAAACAUAAUAACAACGGUCAGAGGAGGGAGAUUAUCCCUGCGGUUUGCGGAUUGUUAAACGCCUGUCUCGGACUAUGUGGCCGCUCUGACACGGCAGAGAGAGUGGUAGAUACCGCUCUGCCUUUUAUGCUUGCAGGGGUUGACGAGGACAGCUUGGAAUUGUCAAGCGAUGGGUGCUUGGAUGCAGAUAUCGCUGUUGAGGUUAUAGCUGCUGCACUACCAUUCAUUUCAUCUGAGCCACGGACGACGCACAGAGUGCUUAUUGCUGCUUUCACUUGCAUUAGGAAACAUAAAGAUCACGUAGUGUCAAAAGUGACAAUCAGGAUUUUAUCCACUCUUCUGAACUACAGCAAAAUGAGGAAAACGGAUACGCUGCAACGCAUCUUAGAAGAUUUAAGCGUCUGGCAGGUGGAGGACAGCAGCCCCAGUGUGACUGGACGCAUCCUGCUGUGCCUGACAGCUCUCUCAGACCACAUGUUCUCGCUCUGUGCCGAGACCACCGAACACCCAGACCCCCGGCUCUCCGAGCGCUUCUGGAAGACCGUUCAGAACGGAUUGAUUCACAGAGACAACGUGUCGCGCAAAAGAGCCCUUUACUUGUUGAAGAGAUGCAUUGCCGUCUCGGAAGCAACGAAUACUGCUUUCCACAGCGGUCCACCAGAGGCCAACGGGGUCAGUCUGUUUUGGUGGGCUCCAGACCAACAUCAGCUUCUGCUGGGAUUUUGGGAAGAUUACAUUUUAAUAAUGGAGACUUUGGAUGAAAACCAGAUUCAUGUUGUCAGGCCUGUGCUGAACAGAAUUAAUAAACUCAUGGAGGUGUCUAUGAUGGACAGACAAGACCGCUGCUGGUUCCACCCCAGCUGGCUGGUAUGUGUGUACAGGAGGAUGUUCGACAGUGAGAAUAAAACUGUGAUGAGAGUAGGGGUGUGCCACCUGCUGGACAUGUCUGUGAUGGACUUGCCCAUGUUCUCCCUGGGCUUCUCUGAGUUCAUUGUGGGUCCGUUCCUGGAUGUCCUGGCAGAAAGCACAUUGUUUAACAGGUCUGUAGGACAGAGCAUCGGGGAGUGCCCUGAACUGGCAAUCAAGCUGCAAAGGUUUCUAGUGACUUUCAUCAGUAGUCUGCCAAAGGAGAAACAAGGAAGUGUGCUGCUGCAGAUGGUUCAGAACCUGGCAUGUCGUCACUGGUGUGCUGUUCCCCUCCUGUUCAUCUCUCAGGCACUAUCCCAGCUCCCAUGCUGUUCAGCCCUUGGACUGGAGGGUCUGUGUGCUCUUAGAGAGGUUCUCCGCUGUACCAUGAUUACUCACCAGGUUCUGCUGCGAGGUGCUGCUCAGUGUUUCCUGCUCCACAGUGCCCUGAAUUUAACUGAUGUGACCACAGUAACCCUGGAGGAUGUCUUCAGCUUCCUCAAGCAUUUCAGAACGGAGGAGUCACUGUGCAGAGGAGCGUUGCUCUGGACUCAACUUUGUAACUGGCUGCACAGCAAUGAGCGUUUGUUCAAGCCUGGAGUCAAUGACAAGAACACAUAUUCAGGAAAUGGAGACAGUGUGACAGUGUGCAGUUUUGUGCAGAACCUGGUGGAGUCAUUCCUGAGAGUUCCUGCAAGCACAGGACUCCCAAGCACCUUGCCAGACUGGGGUGAUGCUGAGCUGGUAGCAAGAGCAAUACUGUUGGCUGCUGAUCUGGAGGAGCAACAUGGACGGAAGAGUGAAGCAGGAGCAUCUGAGCCUGGACUGGGACGACUGCUGGGCCCCCUUAUGGACACGCUGCACAGACUCAGCACCAAUGUCUACUUGCCUGUGCACAAGACUGACAAGAGCUUGCAGUUACUGCUCGCUCUGCUGCAGCUCUGUCACGGAAAAGACAAUAGCCUAUCUCUGCAGGGAAAAGCUCACCAGGAUUCUGUCAUAACUGCUUUAGAAGAAGCUGUGCUGGCCAGCACUGGGUCAGUUCUGGAGUACAUUCUGAGGAGGCUGAGCAGUGAACUGUGUACACUCUCCGAUAUUGAGCGCUGCCGUCUGUAUCUUUCUGUGCUACGUGAGCUGGUCAGACUGUACACUGCAGUUGGCUGGCACAGGACCUCCUGGCUCCAGAGCUUCAUCCUGUCACUGCUCAAGAGCUGCUUGAGGAACCUGCAACUGCAGAGAGAGCAGUGCCCCCAACUGGAGGCGCAAGUCCAGAGGUCCGUAAGCAUGGCGUCUUUAGCAUGGGUCUGUGAGGUGGUAGACAGACACCACGAGAAGCUUGACUCUAAUUCCACCAAGGCUCUCGCAGAGUUAAUUGCCCAUAUCUCAUCUGCCCCCAUGAACCAGGCGUUGGACAAACCUGAUGCCGGUGGAGACCAGCAGGGUACCGUUGAAGAGCUGUCCUCUUUGCAGGGCUGGGGCCGAGUGGCUGCACAGUUUGUUCAGGACCAGUGGACGUGUCUGCAUUUUGUGUUUAAGCAUCAUGUCCAGCCUAACACUGUCGUCCCUCAGCCUUCCAUUGUUCUGAAAGCAGCUUUGGAGGCCCUGGCUAUCCUGCCAUGUGACCAUGUUCUGCCAGUGCUGUGUUGUAUGAGAACAGUACUUCCCAAGCUAUUGUUUUCAGAUGCAUCUCUGUGCGUGGAGACUAUGACUGUGACAUGGAAGGUGGUCCAAGGCCUCAGCAGCAAUCCACAUGAUUUCUGGACAGCUCUUCAAGGCUUCGUCCUCUUUGCAUUUGACCACAGUGUUCUGGAGCUCAGCUCCAAGGAAGGGUGUCUGAUUACAUCUACGGUGAAGGAGAUUGCUUCAGAAUUAAUUGAAAUGUCCCAGGUGAAAAUGGGAGUCUUUAACAUUCUCAUUAAACACUGUUGUGAGACCUGGCUGCCUCCUGACCCUGGGGAUGAGAGUGCUUUCUCCAGUGCCUUAAACCACUUGGACAUUAUCACAGAAGCCUGCAUUCAUGGGCCUGUCUUCAGGAGAGACCAGAGGUUGAUUCAAGAUGUACAGACAUAUGUUGAACAACUUGGAGAUGAAUGUGCUGCAAAUACUGUUGUCAAAAGUGAUUGGAGGGAUGAUCUUUAUCCCCGGGUUUGUGCCAUCACCUUCCUGAGCCGCUUGGAUCCUUCAAACAAUCUUCAUAAAACCUUCAUGGAAGAGCUUGUUCUCCAGCUUCUUAAAAAGGAUGAAGAGGUGACCAAAUCCAAAGUACGUUACUAUGGCAACUCCCUGCAGCACCGUGUGAAGAAUAGAGUGUGGCAGACUCUGCUUGUCCUGCUGCCCAGACUGGAGGAGGGGUUUGUAGCCAGUGUCCUGGGCAGGGUGUAUGAGGCCGGCUUCUGCAGUAACCAGGCAUCAGUGAAGUACUUGAUUGAGUGGCUGAUCACUCUGGUCCUGUUUCAUCACCCCGCACUGCUGCACACCUUGUGGGCCUGCUUCCUCCUGGAUCAAGAGAAGACAAAAACCAGCAUCUGCACGUUCCUGUCUGUGUUAAUACACUUUGACAUCAUUCUUCAAAAUGUGGAGGACAAGGGUGCACAAUGGAGGAGAGCAUUAGGCGUCACUCUGCAAUGGUGCUUCAGUCCCAACUUCACCGUGCGCUUGUACGCCCUGCUGGCCUUGAAGCGGCUGUGGGGUCUCCAGGGGGCGGCCCCUGGGGAUGAGCCGGAGCUGGGGGCUCUGUCUGGGUUGGUGCAGGCCAGCCUGCAGCAGACAGAGGCCAUGCAAGGCUCCGGGAAUGCUGUAAAGAACUGGCAGAGGAUUCAGGAUCACUUUUUUUUUGGAACAUUUCACCCUUUGAAGGACUACAGCAUAGAGACCAUAUUCUACACCUUUCCCAGUCUGUCUGAACUGGCUGAUGAUGAAUGGAUUCCGGUGUGGAAAUUUGAAAGACAUAUGGAAUUUCCCAUAAACUCCAUGCUUCCACUGCGAAACCUCCGGACAGAUCUGGGCAAGCUGGAAGUCGGACAUUGGAUUCAGCAGGACAAAUGUGAUGGCGAAAAGGAGCUGGAGUGGGUGGAAGUGCAGAAGAAGAUGAUGCCUUGGAAGCUUUGUGUCCCUGAUCAGGAUCUAGAGCUUGUGUAUCAGCAGAGAGCUGCCCGCUUAGGCAAGCUCAACAGCGCUCUCCUUGUGGUGGCUUCACUGAUUGACAAACCUACUAACCUUGGAGGUCUGUGCCGGACGUGUGAGAUCUUCGGGGCCUCUGCACUGGUGCUGGACAGCCUCCACUAUGUUAGUGACAAACACUUUCAGGCUCUCAGUGUGUCUGCAGAGCUCUGGUUCCCUUUGCUGGAGGUGAAGCCCCCUCAGCUGGCUGACUAUCUAGAGCAAAAGAAGACUGAAGGCUACAGUAUAGUGGGCGUGGAACAGACCGCAAACAGUCAAAGUCUGGCUGACUACAAGUUCCCAGAAAAAACCCUGCUGCUCCUGGGAAAUGAACGGGAGGGUAUCCCGGCAAACCUCCUGCAGUUGCUGGAUGUGUGUGUAGAGAUCCCCCAGUUUGGCGUGACCCGCUCGCUCAAUGUGCAUGUGAGUGGGGCUCUGCUGGUGUGGGAGUAUACCCGCCAGCACAUGGGGGACCCUUAGAGAUCUGCUGGGGUGAUUGUCCUCAGGGAUCUACAGUCCUGGACACAAGUGCUACUGUUCUACCAAAGAGAGCUCCUUUUAAAAAAAAAAACAGUCUGAACCUGAAAAUGGGUUAACAGAAAAGCUGGAUUUUAAACAAACCUUGGAAGAGAUCAUUUGUUAUUUGAACUCAUUUUAAGGGGGCCCCACCUUUGCCCCUAUUGGAAUUGAAAGUAUAUUAAUGCUGGUUUUGUAGUCAUAAGAAUUUCAUGGGAACUUCAAUGAACUGUUUUAUUCUUAAACCACAUGAGUGAAUGUGGUUGAUGGUUUGAUAUUUGUAAUAAGAUUUAGUAUUUUUAAAUUGUUUUAAUGUUAUACUCAAUAAAUGUUAUAGAAGAUUUUAAAUCAAUCAUCAAAACAUUGGGUAAGGAAUGUGCAAAAAGUCACUGACCUCUUCCUGCAGACUGAAUCAUCGGCGUGUUCAGGCAGCUAAUGUCAGACAUGGCAACGAUCAAGAAACUAUUUAAAGAAAUGUUCAUUCUUGUCUCAAAUAAUAAACUGCAUUGAUCUACCUUG